UGUAACACAAUCAUUGUCAAUUAAUAAAAAAUUACAAAAUUGCUUUAAAUAAAUUGAGUGUUAAUUGCUGACAAAUAUAUCACUUUUUCAUAGCUAUUUUGAUUUUUUUACAGUCGAUGUUUGGCUGACUUUCGAGAAUGUCGUUUAAAGCUAAAAUAGACAAUAUCAUAGAGAAAAUAUCUCAUGUUGAAGAUCCUAUCGAGUCCACGAAGUAUAUGGUCACCUAUAUACAACGACUGGUUGGCAUUCAUAAUGUGUUUGGAGAUAAAAAACAAAAAACUGUCUUUUCGGUUUUAUUGAUGUUGGUAUUCGCCAGCACGUUCAUAUACGUCGGUACUUUGAGUCAGCUGGUCUACCUGGCGCAAGUGUUUCCGGACAAAAUUGAGACUUUUAAGGCUUUGAACUGCAUCAGUGCGACGUCUGUACCUCUCUCAAAAUUCUUUUUCAUGUUGACUUCGAGGACUCGCCUCAAGACUAUCUUCGAGCUGAGCCACUACGGUUUAUCUGCAAUCCCAGAAGGCAGUGCCGCCAAGAAGAAAAUGUUAAGCACUUUACAGAAAGCCCGCUACGCCUCCUGGUUCGUGGUGGCCAACCAGGCUAUCACUCAUGUCACCUAUCUGCUGAUGCCUUUAGUCUUCACCCUCUUUGGAAACGAUCGAUAUUUACCAACAACACCUGGUGAAACAUACGGUCUCAGUCCUAAGUACGAAACACCAUUUUUUGAAAUAACAUUCGUCCUUACAAUUGUUGCGACCGCGUUCUCUGCGAUAAAUCAGACAGGCUACAUUGUGCUCUUCAUUACAUUAGUCACCCACGAAUUAGGGCACUUCUACGCUAUCACACAAACACUCGACGAUAUCCACGACAUAUUAUCAAAGAAAGAAAGACCCAGGGACGAUCCCGAUGGAGAAACAAGUGACGAAUCAAUCGAUGAAUUGUUGAUAUUCUGCGUGAAGCAUCAUCAGUUCCUAAUGCAUUAUCAUAACAAGAUUAGGGAGUUGUAUAAAGUGAUUUUCGGAGCACAUUUCCUCAGUAUGACUAUUGUCCUCGUCACGACCUUGCAGACGAUGAAUGUGUGGGACUUUAGGAACACAAUAUUGACCGGGGUGACUGGGAUCAUGCCAUUGUUUCUAUAUUGCUUUGGUGGGGAGCUCCUCAUAUCCGCAGGACUCGAGAUGUCGGCAGCUGUGUACAGCUGUGGGUGGGAACUGAUGGAGCCGAAACAAGCGAAGGUGGUGUUGAUGUUGCUCUGUCUCUCCCAACGCCCUCUGUGUUUAACUGCAGCAAAUGUUUUUGUUAUGAAUAGGGAGACUUUUGGUAAUGUCGCCCAAGUCGUCUACAAAAUAUAUGCUGUUUUCAACUAGAUUUUUUAUUUUGUGUCGACAUAGUUUUGCAUGCUUCUGUUUUUUGUACUUUCUUCUACAUGUAGUACCCAGUUAUGCACGUUAUAGUAAUAUAACAUAUUAUUUAUUGUUUGAUUUGAUGACAGCUGUAGCAAAUAAAAACAAAAAUUAAAAACUGUAUUCAUUUCCUACAUCCUAUUGUCAGUUUAAGUGUCAUUGUUAGAAUUCUAUUCAGUUAAGGUUCUAAUGUUUCAAUAGCGCAUGUUGCGGACAUGUGUAGUUACAUGAAGAGUUUCUAUGAUACAAAUACGUUUGUUGUGGAACUGCGAUUGUUUUGUUGCGGGGAAUAAUGGAGGGGUGAGCUUGUUCUCCAGUUACAAAAGCCUGCCGUGAACCGGCGGUAUGGAUGGACAAUAUGGACAUAUGCUACUGUUUUUGUGUAUUGCUUUAGGUAAGUAUUGGCAUAAAAAUACACUAUGCCUGGAGUGUUUUUAUUAUUAUAUAUUUUGUUUUCUGCCUUUUCUCCCAUUCGC